GCCGUGAACACGAAGGUCCAACAACAAGGUGCACCGACAAUCCAUGGUCCAAGUCAUCAAGCACCGUCAAUGCCGCCGACAUGAACUUGGUCCAUGAUUGCGACGGCAACCGCCAGGUCCAUGCAGCAUCACCGCCAGCAGUGACGCGCACCAGGACACGACAACAUGUCGAGUCGCCUCGAGCCCCUUCCGCAGUGGCGAAUUCAGAGAUGCACGUGCUGAUGGAACUGCCGGGCGGGACAAGGUCCUUGCUCGAGGCAGAUCGCCUGGCGACCGGCAUUGGCAUUCUGCGACACACGAAUGGUAGCUUCUAUGAUGGCCAGUGGUCUGCCGGGCAAGCAACCGGCUUCGGUCGCUUCAAACACGCGGAUGGCUCCACCUAUGAGGGUCAAUGGCGUGGAAGUCAACAGGGGGGCACUGGCGACUCUGCUGCCUUUACCCGGCGUUGUUGUCGGCGUCGCAGACUGGAGCACCUAAUUGUGAAGGUCGCUUCUGGGCGCGCUGAUGUACUCGUGCCGCGGAAUGCGAUUCCUGGGCUCACAAGAGUCGUAAUGAAGGACCAGGGCAAAAUUUCUGCAUUCCCGUUGCCCAAGGAGGCUGCUCCAGGUGAUGUCUUGCGCAUAGCGUUCCAGAAGGACCAGGGCUGGCGUUGUGUGGUUGUACGGCCCAGAGAAGCCAGGUGUCUGCGAGCGAUGGUGCCGGGAGAUGCUGUUCCAGGCAUCUCGGAAGUCUUGGUGAAGGCACCUGAAGGAAUGCUUCGAAUGUCGGUACCGGCAGCGGCAGAUCCUGGCGACACUCUGGUAUUCACGAAAGGACUCGCAUCGGGAUCGUCGGGGACAUACAUGUGCCAAGUUCAAAGACGGCAUGGCGAACUCGUGGCACCAUCGGCAAUAGGUCCUGCAGAGGACCUGCGCAGGCAUGUGGAGCUUCAACGGGCUCUGCAGGAAAGCUCGGGAUACUGGAGUCACAAAAUCGAGCGAGCAACUUCGAGCAUGCUGGAGGUACCGGGCGUUGUCGUUACCGAAGCAGUUGCUGAGGGAGAAGUCCUUGCCGUGUGUCCCAGUGCAUUUCACCUUUCCCCUGGUUUAAUCCGUCGCCUCGAUCCAGACCUGGCGGCUCUUGCGGCUGUGGUUGCACGUGAGGCGCCCGCUGACAACCAGGACAUCGAUGUUUUUUUGGUGGCAAUGUUCUUGGCGGGCCUGUUGAAUCGUUGUACACGGGAUUGUGCCCCUGAGUUGGAUGAUGCUCGAGGAGUGAUUCUGCAUCUGUUUGCCAAAGUGCUCCUGUGCGAGACCUUUGAACAUCAUCCAUACAGGCUUGCUGCAAACAAUCCAACAGGCUUUCGAAGCAGCCUCAGUCCCUCUUGCGAGGCAGACUUGAUCGAGCGCUUGUCUUGGGGGGUUAUGGAAAGAUACCGUCUCAUUGGCAUGGAAAAGCGGCCUCAGUAUUCUUCAGAAGAGUUCCUCCGUGCCUGGCUCAUGGUCAUCACGCGUGCCUUUGAAAUCGGAGGCACACGCUCCACACUGGUACCCGGAUUGGACUCCUUCAACCACGAUUCCAGCCGAAAGUGUGCCAAGGUGCGCCUGGACUCAUCGGGCGAUAUGCGUCUGGAAGCUACGCGCUGCAUCAUGCCCGGUGAGGAGGUUUUUCUGGAGUACGGUGAGCUUUCGAAUCCCAUGCUCUAUCGAACCUACGGAUUUACAUUGCCAGCAGAGGUCCCUACUGUCCAGAGCUGCUUGAUCUUACCGAAUCGACUCCAGCGAGUUCUGAACCAGCACCUUCCGUCCAGCCACACUGGUCGAUUGCUUCAGUUGGACUCCAAUCAACUGCUGCCGGAACUCCGAAGCCUGCUGCAGGCGUGUGCCAGCCUUGGGAGUGGAGAGCCUGCUCAGUUUCUCCGCGAGCUGCUGGAAUGCCACCUUGAUGCUUGGCACUUCAGGGGGCAUGUCAUACGACUGUUCUUCUUUUUGCUGAAAAUUGGGGACACAGGAUCCAAGUUCAGCUUGCACUUAAUAAUCGCAACUCAGCCCGCACCCGAAAGACGCGGUAGCCCCUGA